GCUCCCGCGUUGCUUUGGGAACAUCCCGGUGAGCGCGCGCUUGCCGGACUGUAGCUGCCUGUCAUCGUUUGGGCUGACAUCACACAGAGGAUUUGCUACAAUGUCAAACAUUUACAAGCAGCGCGAGCUCAUGGCUUCCCCGCGUCACGAUGAGAAGCAUCGCCGCGUUCUCCUCCUCAUCCUCUAAAUACAGAUACAGAACUCCAUUCACUUUUUGUAUGGGUUUAUUUCAUGUUCUUGGACAGGAUGCGAUUGAGGUCUAUGUGAGUGUGUGAGCCAGGUCGGAGGUCAUGCUGCAGAGGGAAUCUGACUCCCACGGCCUCUUUUCCUCCGGAGAGACGUCUGAGAAUGACUGUGAGAUGGGGGCGAGUUGUGGAGAGGUAAAUGUAGUGUGUCUGUGCGAGGCCAGUCCCUGUACACUUUACUCAGAAGCACACACGCCUACGCCGGAAACACUGCUGUGUGAGCACUGUGGAAAAAACAGGGUAAUGAUAACCAGGUACUCUGAGGGAUACGGCACAGAGGAGGAGUGUGUAAUGUCUGACCCUCAGGGGGAGAGUGAUGCAGAUGCUGAUAUAGAGGAUACAGAUUGCAGACUCCAGGAGCCAGGUUCUCUCCAGCGAAUCAGCUCGCGGAGACGUAAGCGGCCGCGGGUAGCGCGGCAAGACACCACAGAGAGCGAGGACGACGGUGGGCAGAGCCACAGAUCACAUCGCUGGAACCUCAGGCUCAGUCCUGACAGACCACACAGCAGGACCAUACUGGAGGAGAGCAUAUCACAGGUCAGGCCACUGGUCAUCUGCCGGCCAAACGUCGAGAGGCAAAAGAGUCCGGUCGAACUGCCCAGAGGCUCUAAACGCUUGAUGUGUCUGUGGCCAUCUUCCCUCUCCCUCCCUCUCAUCCUCCUCCUCUUGCUGCCUCUCUCCCUCUCCCUCGUCAUUGUUAUUGUGUCCUUCCUUCUACCCUUGGCCAGCGCUUGACCCAACAUUUCUGUUUCAAGAGAAUAGUUUCAUUACAAAAAGUUCCACCAACUCUGACAAUGAAAUGGAUAGCACAAAAUUGAAGCAAUAAUAUGGUGCUUUACACAGGAUAGUAACUUAAAGUUGUUGAAUAGAUAUGACCCUCCAUAUUUCGGAGCGAUGUUCUUUUUCCUUCCAGAAAAUACAGAUUUUAAACAUCUUGAGUCUUGGGGACAGUUGGCCUUUUGGCUUCAUUAAAACCAGAAAGUGCACAGGUUCAUAUACUUUGAUUCUGCGCCUGUUAAAGCCACUCUGUACAUUUACAUCCAGAUUCUGUUCACGAUAAAAAAAUAAAUAAACUCAGUGCUUGCUUUUGCCUCAUGAAAUCUCACCCUCCGUCACAUUCUCACCCCCUCGUUUGUAAAAAUAGACCUCUCGUCUCGCUCCUUAUUCUAAUGAGCCACCGCAGUAAUACGUGGCAGAAAGGUUUCAGAGCUGCACAGAUACAUUCGAAAAAGAAAUAUAACGGGCUCAGUAGGAAAAUAUGAAAAAGAUGAUGCUGCUGAACUAUGCAAUUCUUCUGUUCCUACCGCGGCAUCUUAGCCGCUGUCAAAAGAAGUCUACUAUUUCUUUGGCACUGUCAUCACCUUCUUGGUCCCUUUCCUUUUCUCUUUGGAAUACAGGGAGUUAUGGUUCUAUACUUGAGCAUGACCCAAUUUACAAAGCAAUAGCAGGAGAGUUCUGAUAUAGCUCAUUAUCUGCAGUACAUCUGCUGGUUUAAUGAGUGGAUUACAUUUAUUUUACUUGUUGCAGCAUUAUUUAAAAACAGGUGGAUCCACCUUCUUGUGUAUGUUUUUAGUAGAAUAAGCUGACCUCACAAUAAAAUGAAAUGGAACUUAAUUAUGUUAAAGCAAUUUAAACACUUAAAACACAGUUACAGUUGAUUACUAUUAUGUUUAAUAAUAUUUAUGUUAUAUAUAUGAAUCAUGCAAGUAGAAAAGUAAGCUUGACAAUCAGUCACGCUACUUAUUCCAAGUUGAAAUAAUUGGAAAAAGCCGUGGCUUUUCUGUACUGUAUGUUCAAUGUUACGUUGUUUUUGUAUGAUUUUUUAAGUUGUGAUUAUUAUUUUUUUUCACAUCACACUGGAGUUGUAUCCUUUUAGAGAAAUAUUUGUUCCCAAUUAAGAUCAGCUUGUACUGUAUGAGAUCAUUUGGUUCAUGCUUUUAUCUUCCAGCCUGUGUAUUGCCUGUCUUACAUUUUAGCUCCAUGUGUGUUCACCUCUGUGUUUUAUUGGGCCAUAGAAGUUCAAUAAAACUAGAUUGUAUUUUGACAAAAAA